GCGGGGCGCGCGCGGCUGGACGCAGGCUCCGCGAUGGUGCUGUCGGCCGCGGACCGGGCGGCAGUGCGCGCACUGUGGAGGAAGCUGGGGAAUAAUGUUGGGAUCUACGCGACCGAGGCCCUGGAGAGGACCUUCACGGCCUUCCCCACCACCAAGACCUACUUCGCCCACUUCGACCUGAGCCCCGGCUCCGCCCAGGUCAAGGCCCACGGCAAGAAGGUGGCCGACGCGCUGACCACCGCUGUGGCCCACAUGGAUGACCUGCCAGGCGCCCUGUCGGCUCUGAGCGACCUGCACGCGCACCAGCUGCGUGUGGACCCCGUCAACUUCAAGUUCCUGGGCCACUGCCUGCUGGUGACCCUCGCCCGGCACUACCCCGGAGACUUCGGCCCCGCCAUGCACGCCUCGCUGGACAAGUUUCUGAGCCACGUGAUCUCGGCGCUGGCCUCCAGCUAUGGCUAGACUCGGAGGGGGUCGUCGCAGGACCCCCCAGCCGCCCCUCCCGCGAGUUCCAGAGUUCGAGUAAAGUCCCCGCAAGAAAGCCUCA